CCCAAGCCAUGGUGUUUUUAAUUGCCACAUAUGCAUGGGAAAGCUGGGCAAUUAAUAAGGAAAAUGGAAGAAGAAUUGAUGCCUUUGAAUUAUGGUGUUGUUGAAGAAUAUUGAAUUUACCACGAACUGACAAGAGAAUGAACAAAUCUGUCUUGGAAGAAGUACAGCCAGAAUGCUCCUUAGAGGCAAGAAUGGCAAGACUUCAUCUCACAUACUUUGGUCAUAUUAGCAGGAGGGAGCAGCCCCUGGAGAAGGACAUCGUGGUUGGUAAAGUAAAGGGUCAGUGAAAAAGAGGAAGACCUUCAACAAAAUAGAUUGACACAGUGGCUGCAACAGUGGGGUGAAGCGUAACAAUGAUUGUGAAGAUGGUGCAAGACCAGGCAGUCUUUCGUUCUAUUGUAUAAAGGGUUGCUAUGAGUCGGAACCUGCUCGACGGCACCUAACAACAACACACUAGACCUUAGGGCUGAACAAAACCAUGGCCUUAUUUGAAGGGGGAAGCUCCCCUGGGAUGUUUACGUGCGGAGGUGUGAGCCAGGGGGUGCCCAUUCUUGGAAGGGCAUCCUUUGUUCACCAGAGACAGAAAGGAGUGGUGUUUGUUUCCCGAAUUGCAAUAGCCAAUCCAUGAGGUGGAUACUUUAGGCCUGAGAAGAUGUGUAGUUCUCCUCAGUGAAAACCUCCAGAUAGGACUCCCUGCUUUCCACCGGGUGUGUAACCACACAACAACACAAGGGGCGGGGAUGAUUCCGACUUGGAGUCAGCGGAGGAAACCUUCUUUUGAGGUAGAGAUAGGAAAGGGUAACUAAUAAUCCGAUGGUCAGACAGAUUUUCGUAAAUCACUGACAGGAGAUGGGCUGCUUCGAUGAUGGGGUUAAUCAUUAAACCUCCUAGGUGGUGGCUGCCUUGUUUCUCUGAUUUUCUAAUCCUGUCACAGAGUGGCUAAGGCUGCUUUAAGUGGAGGGUGGAUUUGUUUUCCCCGUUUGCCCUGUAUUUUUCACUCUGAAAGAAUGUUGUGGCCUCUGUUUUUUCUGGUGACUGCUAUUCAUGCUGAACUCUGUCAACCAGAUGCAGAGAAUGCUUUCAAAGUGAGACUUAGUAUCAAAACAGCUCUGGGAGAUAAAGCAUAUGCCUGGGACACAAAUGAAGAAUAUCUCUUCAAAGCCAUGGUGGCUUUCUCCAUGAGAAAAGUUCCCAACAGAGAAACAACAGAAAUUUCCCAUGUCCUACUUUGCAAUGUAACCCAGCGGGUGUCAUUCUGGUUUGUGGUUACAGACCCUUCGAAAAAGUACACCCUUCCUGCUAUGGAAGUCCAGUCAGCCAUAAGAAUGAGUAGGAACCGGAUCAACAAUGCCUUCUUUUUGAAUGACCAGACUCUGGAAUUUUUAAAAAUCCCUUCCACUCUUGCACCACCCUCUGACCCGGCUGUGCCCAUCUGGAUUAUUGUAUUUGGCGUGAUAUUUUGCAUCGUCAUCGUUGCAAUCACAGUACUGAUUUUAUCAGGGAUCAGGCAGCAUAGAAGGAACAACGACGGACCAUCUGAAGUAGAAGAUGCUGAGGACAAAUGUGAAACCACGAUCACAGUUGAAAACGGCAUCCCCUGUGAUCCCCUGGACACGAAGGAUGGGUGCCUGAAUGACGCCUUCGUGACUGAGGGUGAGCGGCUCACUCCUCUCUGAAGGGCUGCUGUCCUGCUUCCCCAAGAAGCUCAACACUUGUUUCUGAAUGACUGCCUAGCACCCCACAAUAUCAAGGACAGAUAAUGUAUUUUGCUUCACCAUUCUUCUUUUUUAAGAAAUUUUGAAUGCGCAUGAAAAUAAAAGGCAAUCAAUUACAACAACGAAGACAAUUAGAAUCAUCAGCUGUUGACGACUCAAAAUUUUAUAACAUAGUGCUUUGACAGCACAAGCGCACAAGCAUAGUCGUGUGGUGUUUGUAGUCACUGAUUUAAAAAUGCCUUAGUAUUUAAGCAUUUCCAGAAAUAAGCUCAGGCCAGUGUAUAUAUAUGCACACAUACUUAGAAAAAUAUUCUUCCCGGUGGGAAAUGUCUAUAAUAAAAAUAGAGGGAGUAGAAAUCAUUGAAAAUGAAUCCUUUCCAAUAUUGUUUAAUCACUCUAUGACUAAGUCAGCGAGAGUAAAAAGUAAUUAUUGUAAAUGAGAUCGAUAAAAAUGACAACGUUAUUACACAGGGUGGAAUUUGAUCCCAUUAUCAUCCCAACUAUUGCUUAUAUAUCUUCUGAAUAUCAGCCUCAGUUCUAUCUGUUGACAAUGCCUGUAAUUUGUAAAACUCCAAUCUAUACUAAUUUAAUAAAGUGCUAAUCAUCUGUUUUCAUUGCAUGACUGAUUGUGGUCUGAGAUCUAUUUUAAUUUAACUGUUCAGGAUUGUGGCAUUUUCACACUGAGGAAUGUAAGAAGCCCAAUUUUUAUUAGUUAACGUUUAAUCUACUCUACAUCCCUAGAAAUGAAUUAUUUUUGUUGCAUAUGUCCCUGUUUGAAGACACCUUGUAGUUUUUAGACUUGAUGUCGUUUCUAGAGGCCACAUGUCCUUCCUUCCUUCCUUCUUUCCUCCCUCCUUCCCUUUCUCCCUUCUUCUCUUCCUGUAUUCCUCCUUUCCUUCCUUUCUUUAUUCUACAAUGGUGAGCAAAACCAAAUACAACCCCUGCCCUCAUGGAGCUGAAA